UGCGUCCACUACAGACCUGUCGGCUACGACCCAGUUCAACCUGAGGAAGAGUCCAGACCAGUACAGUUCUAAGGAAGUAUGGAGAGCUGGGGAUCACCACAGCCACCCAGCCUACAGCUCUUCCUGCCACCAGCUGUGUGCCUCCAAGUCCUCCAACAGUAUGGACCACCUUCACAGUAAGAGAGACUCAGCCUACUCCUCCUUCUCCACCAGCUCUAGUAUCCCAGAGUACCUUGCGGCCGCUCCGACCUUUGGUAAGGAGAGGUCGUACUCCAUGGAGACGGUUCCGCAGAGGGGCGGGAUUAGUGGAGGGGGCGGGAGCGGGYCCGGGGCGGAGGGAAUGCAGCAAGCUGACAUCCGAUAUGUCCGUACGGUCUACGACCCCCAGCAGGGCGGUGCUCAGGAGCAUGAGGUUAGCUCCGCCUCUGCUUCGUUGCUACGCAACCACGAGGCUGGCAGGGCGGGGUCUUGUAGUGUGGGCGGGGCCGCCUGUUACCGCGGCACCAGUAGCAGUAGUAACAGCAGUGGCGGAAGCAGCGGUGGUGGUAACCAUGGUAUUAACCCCAACCGUCACAGUGUUGGGCCCAUUUGGGGUCAGAGCGCCAGCCGCAGUUCCUACGAGAGCCUGAAGGGGGCGCCGGCUCCUCCCAUGCGGAGCGACAGCUACGCGGCRAUCAGGAACCAUGAGAGGCCAAACUCGUGGUCCAGCCUGGAUCAGGCUCGCUCCCUCAGGGCUCUCCACAAGGGGUCCACCUCCUCCUGGUACCACUCCUCUGGCUCCGUGGCCUCCAGCUCAGGGAAGGGCUCCUUCGGGGCAGAGGGCCAGCUCCACACCGUCAUAGAGAAGAGUCCCGAGAGCAGCCCCACCACCAAGCCCAAACAGGGUGUGGGUCAGGGCUUCCCGCCGCCCCCCGAGCCCCAGCAAACAUCCACCCAGUCUGGCUGCCUCAUGCUGCCCCAGGGCAUCUACCCUGUACCUCCGCCGGAGCCCCACUAUGCCCAGAUGCCCACCAGCAGCCCCAACCCCAGCAGCGUGUACCCAGCCCUGGCCAGGGAGAGCAGUCUGAGCAGCCUGAGAGAGCUCCAGGGGUUAAGGCUGGGGGUCAGUGUGGACACAGGGAUGGCGGUAGUGGUGGAGAAUGGAUACCAAAGCAACCCCUCUUCGUCCUCCUAUGUCACUUCCUCUGGCCAACCUCAGCAUCCUGACUUUGCUCAGCCUCCACCCAAACAGCCAGCUCAGCCUCCACCCAAACAGCCAGCUCAUCCAACCCAACCCGCAGACAGAGUGGGAGAAAAGUCAGGGUACGAGGAGACCCAAACUAAACUGGGUCUCUACAAGUCUCAUCUGAAGGGGGAGGGACAGACCGUGUCCCAAAGGCAGAGCCAGCGGAGCCAAGGACAGGGACAGGGUCAGAGCCAAGGACAGGGUCAGAGCCAGAGACAGGUUCAGGGUCAGAGCCAAGACCAGGGACAGGGUCAGAGCCAGGGUCAGAGGCAGGAUCAGGGACAGGGUCAGAGCCAGGGUCAAGGACAGGGUCAGAGCCAAGGCCAGGGACAGGGUCAGAGCCAAGGCCAGGGUCAGAGCCAGGGUCAGGGUCAGAGCCAGGGUCAGGGUCAGGCAUCCAGACCCUGCUCAGCCCAGUCUAUAGGCCAGUCUAUAGGCCAGGAGAGAAGGGACCCAUACACUCCAGUCCAGCCGCGGGGAGAGAGGCUACCCAGGUACUCCCAGGGCUCAGAGAGCUACCCUGAGCACCACCGACAGGACCAGGUCAGGGAGGAAGGGCAGGUCAGACACACAGAGCCCAGUCACUACACUAGUCACCCAGUGGCAGGCACCACCAUGCCCAGUAAGAUCGCCCAGGGACUGUCCCAAUACGGCAGAGGGACCAGAGGGGACCAGAGCACCCCUGACCCAGCUGCGGAACGCCCUUUAGCAGAUUCCAGGCUGGACAGUCCAGAGAGCUCCGCCAACAAGCCAAGAGCAGCCACCAGAGGAGGCCUCUCUGUUCUGGAGAAGGUGAACCGCUUUCGAGGCCGGCGAGCAGGACCAUGGGCAGGGGAAAGCAGCAGGAGUAAAAAGCACCACGCGCCAGCCCACACCAACCCGAGGCCCUCUUCCUCCCGUCCAGCCCAGCCCAGCCUCAGCCCCAGCACCAUUGAGAGGGCCAUGAGCUAUGGUGCUGGUAUGGAUGACCUGCGUAACAUGCUGGAGAGAAGCAACAGCCCCAGCAGCACCUGCAGACACCAGAGCUCCUCCUCUAGCUCCACAUCAUGGGAAAAACUACGGUGGCCCACGAGGGUCAUCAUUACGCAGAGCAGCAGAGGCCAGGGAGUGGACCAGACCCAGCCUCAGAGCUCCAGGUACCUCCCAUCACCACCACCUAAUCCCAGAACCUCACCCUGGCUCGGCACUGCAAGAGGAGCAGAAGCCCUUCCAACUGGGGAGCAGGAGGGCCAGGAGGAGAAUGGCCACGACAGAGACAGGGAUGGGGACAGAGAGUUCCAUUGGAGGGAUGGCCUGCAUGACCUACUGGGGACCAUCCAGGACACGUCCUUUAACCGGGCCUACAGGGACAGUAUCAAGGACGCCCAGUCCAAGGUGCUCCGAUCCACCUCCUUCAGACGCAGGGAUCUGGGAAUCAGCGUUAGCGGGAGUGUCAACAACAACUCCCCUCCCAUCCCCGCCAAGCACUUAUCUCUGGAGAGGAAGGCGGUAGCACCUAAGACCAGCCCCAAACCCUCCAUUGUCUCCACUACUGUCCUAGCCUCCGCCCCAGCCCUUGCCCUAGCUACCUCCACUCACACCCCCAAAGAAAGGCUCACGGUCACCGUCCCAGACCCAGUCCCAGCCCCAGCUCCAGCCACCUUUCCCUCAKCUCACACCCCCAAAGAAAGGCUCACGGUCACCGUCCCAGACGCAGUCCCAGACCCAGCUCUAGCCACCUUUCCCUCACCUCACACCCCCAAAGAGAGGCACGUUGUCACCCCGGAGCCCGAGAGGUUCGGCCCCCCAGAGCUCCUCAGCGUCCUGGCCAUGGGCCCACCAGUCCCGGCCCGUAUCGGUGGGCGUAAGCGACUCACCAUGGAGAAGAAGAAGAGGUCCUACUCCGAGCCUGAGAACAUGCAUGAGGUGGGGUUGGAGUCUGAUCCAAGGAGGACUAGCCAGCACCAGCUGUUCCUUUUCCCAGGUACAGAGACCAGCGUGGCGGACCGCAGGAGGAUGUUUGAGAUGGCUGCCAGCCGCAGCCUGAGCUCCAGCUCCCAGGGCUCCCAGGCUCCCCAGCGCCUCCAGGGCUCCCAGGRUUGUCUAGCCGUGUCUCGGCCGGAGCUCCGGCAGCUGCAGCAGGACGCCCUGGCCGACUACAUGGAGAGGAAGAGAGGCUGGAGGACAGACAGGGAUAGGGACAGGUCAGAGGGAGUGCGCACCCACCGUGACCGCCCUCACAGCGCCUACCUGCAGCCCUUUACAGACACCCGGAGUGUUUCCUCAACCUCCACCACCAGCCUAGCCUCUCUUCAGGAGCCUCUUGGCCAAGACAGCAGUCUCUCUGGUGGGGGAAGGCUCUGCUCCACCCUGCCUCCUGGCCUCCAGGGUUUCUAUCCAGGCAGGGUCACUGCACCACGCGUCCAGGCCAAGGCCCCAGCCUCUAUCUCCACCACCCACKCAGACACCUUGGGAUUCCACAGGCUACUGGAGGGAGAGCUGCCCAGAUCUAGCCUUGGUAGAGAAGACCCAGCCCAGGCCUAUGAGGCUCUCCGGAGCCAGGAGUUUUUCCUGCGAGGCGAUGGAGCCUUUGAGAGGGCAGUUCCAGCCCGGAACUCUGGCAAGUCAGCCUCUGCGGAGGACCUGCUGGAGCGCUCUGAGAGGCCUGCACCCCAGCACUUCAGAUCCCGCUCCUCGCCUUCUGGCGAGAGGCUCAAUCAGCUGUAA